UCCACGAUAGGCUCGAUACGGGAGAGUUGUAGGAGCCAGAGGUCGUGGAGACGAGAUUGGAGCAUGGCGGCUGUCGUGAGAACCUUCAUGAACUUGCCAUUUAAAUACAGCGGCUAUGUUCGCCACCGCAUGGUAUCUUCCAGAUCAAUGGCUUCUAAAGCAACAGUGGGAUUCGUAGGACUGGGCAACAUGGGAAGUCCAAUGGCGCAGAACCUCAUAAAGCAUGGCUAUCCCAUCAUUGCGACUGAUGUCUUCCCAGAGUCAUGCAAAGCAGUACAGGAUCUGGGAGCACAGAUUGUGGACUCUCCAGCUGUUGUGGCUGAACGAGCUGAUCGAGUUAUAACCAUGCUGCCCUCAAGUCCAAAUGUGAUUGAAGUCUACACUGGACCAAAUGGCAUUCUGAAGAAAGUCAAGAAAGGAUCACUGCUCAUUGAUUCGAGCACCAUUGAUCCUUCAGUUUCUCAGGAAAUGGCCAAGGCAGCAGAAAAGACUGGAGCACUGUUCAUGGAUGCGCCUGUAUCAGGAGGUGUCAGUGCAGCACGAGCAGGCAAUCUCACGUUCAUGGUUGGUGGAUUGGAAGAAGAAUUUAAUGCAGCCAAGGAACUGCUGAGCUGUAUGGGAAACAAUGUGGUUUACUGCGGAGGGGUUGGAACAGGGCAGGCAGCAAAGAUCUGUAACAACAUGCUUCUCGCAAUUAGUAUGAUUGGAACCGCUGAAACAAUGAAUCUGGGAAUCAGGCUAGGGCUUGACCCGAAGCUUCUGGCGAAAAUUCUGAACAUGAGCUCAGGUCGAUGCUGGUCAAGUGAUACGUAUAACCCCGUACCGGGAGUGAUGGACAGUGUGCCUUCUGCUAACGAUUAUCAAGGUGGAUUUGCAACGGCCUUAAUGGCAAAGGAUCUGGGAUUAGCUCAAAAUUCUGCCACAAACACUAAAACCCCGGCACUACUGGGAUCAUUGUCCCAUCAGAUUUACAGGAUGAUGUGUGCACGAGGCUACACGCAGAAAGAUUUCUCUUCGGUGUUUCAGUUCCUGCGUGAAGAAGAAAAUAUAUAAACCAGUCCAACAUCGAAGUGCGUCUUGGAAAAUACAGUCAUGAGAAUUUGUCCGUGAAUGGUCAAAUAACUUCGCUUAUCUAACAUAAAAAGGACAGAGUAAAUCUGUAGCUGCAAAUCGUGAUCCCAAUGUGACUGUAUAGUCUCCUAGAGAACAGCUUUUGAAAAUAUGCACCCAGAGGUCGCUUAUUUAACUGUGGGAUUAGGUAAUAAAAGCAUUUAGAAACUGGAUUGCAAACAAGAUAGCCAGGAAGCUUUGAGGUACGAGUCUGUUACAUAUUAUGUAGGUUUUUGAUUUGUUGCAGAGGGAAAAAACAAGGAACUAACUUUGAGUUUUAUGUUUUGAGAGCUUCAUUUCCACUCCAAGAACUGACAUAUUACAGAUUUUCAUUUUAGCGUUGGUUUUUCUUUCUCUGGAUCAAACAUUGAUCAGAAUCAAUUAUAAAUUCUUGACAAGUACUAUUUCUUUAAAUAUUAAAUUAAUAUGUGAUAUUAAAUUGAAAUAAAAUUCUAUUAAUCAUG